CACUAACGCCGAAGCUCCGUCCCGGAUAACACUCAUCCACCUCUCAGGCUAUGCGAGGCACGUUGACGGUCGUGGCGGUGGUGGUGGUGUCGGUGGCGGCGGCCUGGGCGGCGCAGCUCCCCAACAGACAGGAGGGCGGGGCGCUGGAUGCAUUCCAGGCGCUGCACGAGGCGGCGCUGGCUGGCACACUGAGCUCCGGGGAGGUGCCCUAUCCCAGCAGGCCCAACGUCUUCAAGUCCAAGGGAGAACUGCGCCGCUACCUAGACGCCCUCAAUGCCUACUUCGCCAUCGCUGGGAGGCCGAGAUUCGGGAAGCGAGGCGAACAAGUACGACAACCUGAGGAACUAUACGACUACUGAAGGAGGAGGCGGAGUGUGUCUGCGCCCUUCCCUUGCACUCCCGCCCCUUCGUGUGUGUGGUCACGCUCUAGGAAAGGCUGAUGAACCUUCUCUCACCAUCCUCACCCUCACCCACUCCCUCCUAGACACUCCAAUGCACCCUUAGGCACUUCCAGGCACUCUUAUCUUUGGCACUUUCCUUACAGUCACGCCCUUCCUCCCUCGGCACCGUCUCACUUCAGUCACUCCUUCGUCCAGUCACUCUCGCCUCGCUCUUUGGUGUGUCAUGGUGUAAACAUCUGACAAUUGCCUCCCUUCGCUUCUUAACGUGUUAGAAGAGCGAGGAGUGUGUUAUUCUCUCACUACUUCUCUUCUGCACACUUUUGACUUCUCACACACUUCCUGUCUCUGUCUUUUUAAAUCUUUCUUUCUCUUUAGUUACUUUCCUUCACUUCUGACACACGUGAAGGGCGAAAUGAAGAGUUUAAAUGUAUGAUUUAGUUACUUCAUCACACUUCUGUACAUUUCUGAUUUCCUCUCACUUUACUUUUCUAUAUUUUCUCUCUUUUUCACCAUCUCCCUUUGCCUCAGACACGUUACAAGGAAGCGUGUCAUUCCGUCACUCUCCCUUUUAUGCACACUUUUCACUCACACACUCCCUUUCUUUACCCUCCUCUCCCUUUCCCUCUCCUUAUCUCUAGCCACUUCCCUCCCCUGUGACACACGAGAAGGGCGAGGGACGAGGAAGUGCAUCAGAAAACUUAACUUGGUAUAUUCAAAUGAAGAACUAAACGAAACUACAGGAAGCCCGAUGCUCUACAAUGCGCCAAGGAAGCUCUCAAGGGAACUCUAGCCACGUUCAGGUGUUUAGAAGGUCGUGGUGGUUUCGUCCUGUCUGGCUGCCUCACGUCCCCGCUGGUCCUUAUCCAUUAUUUCUGUUACCGCAAGCUGGAAUCGACUCACCAGCUCUCGAGUCUCGCCACAGUCGCUGCCCCGUGGUCUUCAAUGCACAGAUGAAUGUGUCUGUGUCUCAGUGUGGUGGUGGUGGUGGUGGUGGGGAGUUGCUGCAAGGAUGGUCCUGUCCUGUAUUCAUUCACAUUUAUCCUGUAAAAUGAAAGGUUCGCUCAGUU